AUGGUGGCAAAGCCAGGCCCGUCUAUCACGUGCUUGGCACGUGCUUCACUCUUCCUCUGUGCUCUAACCCUAUGCUCCGCUCUAGAAAGCCACGAACUCACGAUUAAGGACGUGACUACGAAGCUGAGGCUCGGCGACAACGAGGUUCUGCGCACGGAGAAGAAGUUCAAGGUUUUCAUGGAGAAUUACGGGAAAAGGUACUCCACCAGGGAAGAGUAUUUGCGCCGUUUAGGGAUUUUCGCACACAACUUGGUCAGAGCGGCGGAGCACCAGGCGCUCGACCCCACUGCCGUCCACGGCGUCACGCAGUUCUCCGAUCUCACCGAGGACGAGUUUCAGCGGUUCUAUACUGGCGUCAAUGGAGGCUUCCCGUCGAAUAAUGGUGUAGCGCCGCCGCUUGAGAAAGGAGUUGUCACUGAAGUCAAAACGCAGGUUUCUGUUAUUGACAAUAUUUAUUGGAAGGAACUUCUUGUAACUGUGUGGAUCUUGAUACUUGCAAUACAGAUAGGAAAAAAUUACACUACAAAUUGCUCAGCUGUGUAUUGGGUCCCUAUCACUGUUGGAACAACUUUAUAUGAAGCCGUGCUUCUAUACAAAGGGCAGAGAGUGAUAUCCUCAAAGGGUGAUCAACAAACACGUUUGAGUGUACGGCAAUUAUUUCUAUAUUGCACUUGUGGCAUACUUGCUGGCAUAAUUGGUGGUUUGCUUGGCCUUGGUGGAGGAUUCAUCUUGGGACCCCUUUUCAUUGGAUUAGGAAUUCCUCCUCAGGUUUCAAGUGCUACAUCCACUUUUGCAAUGACAUUUUCUGCAUCUAUGUCAGUGGUGGAAUAUUACCUUCUCAAACGUUUCCCGAUUCCUUACGGUGGAGUAGGCAUAGCAAACUUCAUUAAAAGGGUUGAAAAGAAGGAGUACAUGGGGUUUGAAGACCUUUGCUCGUAGGGUUAGAAAUUAAAGAUGGAGAUGUGUAGUUUCUAAGUGCGAGGCCCUUCACAACAGUUUUGCGUUUUCCAGAAUUGUAUUAAGAAAUUUAUCUUUGUUUCUUAA